AUGUGUACUGCCCGCGCUGUUGGUUUUGAUACGCGCAAACAAGGAAUGAGGAAGGUGGACAAUGUUACUACUUGGUAUUCUGUCGUAUGCAAUAAGGAGGGCGGCAAGAGGUCGAACGAGGAAGACAAAGUGAAUGCACGAUCUGGUUUUACUAUUAAACGCAGAUGGCUGUCCAAGCGAUGUGGUUGUAAAGCAAGUAUAUCCUUCAAGUUCUUUUCCGAAGCAGGAAUACCGGGAUAUAUUAUUCAGGAGUUCAACGAGGUUCACAACCAUUAUAUGGUGGAGUCAGAGCAUCAGCAGUUUAUGACACUUAACCGGAAGUUAGAUGACGUACAUCACAAAUUCAUUCUUGACUGUUCCAAGGCUAAUAUAGGCCCCACACUUACCUUUAAGGUAUUGAAGGAAAUUCUCGGUGGGUUUGAACUUGUCCGUUGCAAUGUCGGGGAUAUCAGGAACACUUCGCGAGACAUCAAAGCAUACGCAAACGGUUGUGACGUGCAGAUGGUGUUGGACGACAUGGCGAAGAAGAAGGAGCUGUCCGAUGCGUUCACAUAUCACUACGAAGUUAAUGCUGCUAACCAGUUGGUUGCCCUUUUUUGGUGCGAUGGUUUGAUGAAGAGGAACUACCAUAUGUUUGGUGAUAUAGUGGCGUUUGACUCCACUUACAACACAAACAGAAUUAAUGAUGCUAAUGCUGCGUACCCUUGUGUGCAACGCAUGAUAUUGCAUGAUCUUCACACCUUUCACGGGAAAGGACAAUCAUGGGAAACCUCACCCAAAAUGAUUGUAACCGAUCAAGACUUGGGCAUGGGAUCAGCUAUUCAAGAGGUUCUUGUAGGCACUCGACACCGAUGGUGUAUGUGGCAUAUAAUGCACAAGUUGGCUUCCAAGGUUCCAGGCAGGUUGCUUAGGGACGAAGAUUUCAAGAAGGAAUUCAAUGCAUGCGUUUGGUCGGACUUGCUUGAACCCGAUGAAUUUGAAGAGGAGUGGAAUGGAGUGAUUGAGCGUUAUGAGCUGGAAAACGUUGAUUGGUUCAACACAUCAUACGAGUAUAGACAGAUGUGGAUACCGGCGUACUUCAGAGAUUUCUCACCCGGUUCGAUGAUUAGGACUACAUCCAUAUUUGAAUCUGAAAACAACUUCUACAAAAAUUUUAUGAAGCCCCGAGCGAACCUUGUCGAAUUAUACUUGUAUUUCAACAAUGCUCUGGGAUUUCAGCGGAACGCUAGAACAAUGCUGGACUACAACGAUGCUACUGCCGUGCCCAUACUGGCCACUAAGUUGGCAUUCGAGAAACAUGCUGCGACGAUUUACACAGACAGUAUGUUCAGGAAAAUACAAGAAGAAAUUGUUGAUGGUAAUGACAGAUGCCGUGUACUUGGUUUUUCAUCAACAAAUAUGGUUGACACCUACAAGCUUGGGGAUAGCCGACGGAAUUCGUAUUCUAUACAAGGUCCACCGUUGACGAUAGGCAGACUGUAUCAAAUCAAGGGAUAUCGCUUGUUCUACGGUUUUAUUCGACGGUUCGAGACGGACAUUGACGUGCUUCGUGCAUUCGUAGGUGGUUUGGAAGAACUUGGUAAUUCUCUUCAAGCUGGAACUCCUCCAACGUCGGCCUUUGAAAAGAGGCGCAUGAUUGAAGAGUUUUAUGGAAUGCCAAGGCGUGAAGUAGUAGAGGUCCAUCCUCCGGAUGUUGUAAAGACCAAGGGUCAUGCUAGCAGCUCCGCGAGCCGACUGAUUUCAAAGAGAGAAAAGGCUAUAAAGGAGGCUACUAGGCCUCUUAGACGUUGUAAGGCGUGCGAUGAGUUGGGCCAUCAAGACUCUAGAAACUGUCCCAUGCUAAAAGAGAUGGCCAAGGAGAAAGAGCUUAGUAAAGGCAAGAGGAAAUUUUGA